CCGGAAACUUGUCCCCGCCGCAAUCCAAAAGCAAUCGCAGACGUCGAGCAGCAACUUCCAUGAGCGACUCCCCGCCGCCACCGCCACCGCCUCCUCCUGCAUCACCGAAAGAAUCAGUAGCGCCUCCACCACCUCCACCUCCGAGCGAUGCCCCAACACCUCCAUCUCCUCAACCUCCAGCGGCAGCAGCAUCCGGACCUCCACGUUUAGGUCGAUCGAGUUCGAUCGUGCCGGCGCCAUCGUCCAAACUUCUCAUGUAUGCUCCGUUGGACGCACCAGACGAUUUGGAUCGGAACUGGGUGUGGCAUUUCAUGACGGCACAAAAGCACCUGGUCCAUCCUGGGGACCUCGCGAGCUACGACAAGUGGCAAGCAGUCGAGGGAUUUGAAAAGCACACGGCAAUCGUGUACGGCUUGCUCACGGACCACAAGGAGAUGUACUGGGGAUUGCUUCAGAAGCUCUGGGCCGCAAAUACUGCUCUGAAGGACAAGUCGUUGCAAGGACUCCACGCGCUCAUCGACAUUCGUUUCCUCCGCCUCACGUCUUCAUGCCGCGCCAACUUGCUCUGGCUCCUUGAGCAGUGCAUCCGCGACGGCAUCAAUGUCGACGCGCUCUUGAUCGUUUUCAUGCGGUACAUCGGAGUCCCGUUCGGCGAAAUCGAGCCACAGCCGCUCGAGUGGCUCGUGCGGGUAUUGAAGUCCCAUGCGAUAUGGGAUUCCAUCGUUCCCCACGUUACGUUCACCCUGCUGAGCAUCGUCCCCGAUCUCCACACGGCAAAACCCGGUCAUGCUAUAACUACUCAAGUGAUCCAGCAGGUGGUGGCGCUGCACGCCACCCAUGCAAGCGCGAUGGCUCUGGGCGGGCGCGAGCUCGUCCGACUUCUGGACGAUGCGCGGGAGAUUCCUGAGCUGGCGCCGAUUCUGCAGGCAAUGCAAACCAGUCCGACGCCGCUGCUUCCAACGCCGCCCAAAUUCGUUGUGUCCCGUCUGACAUUCAAGAUGCACGAGCAACUUCGAUUUGUCCUGGACAAAGUCGCGCACGUGUCGGCCCAUCGGUACCAAAAGUGGUUCCAGGCAUCGUUCUUGCACGUCCAGCCGAGCGACGGCCGCAUUGCCGACAUCGUCCGGUUUGUGUGCGUCGUGCACCAACCGACCAACCAGGCCGUGGAAGCAAAGAUGACGCCGCGAUACCACAUCCUGGGCUGGCUGCUGCUGCUCAACAAAAGCCCGUCGGCCAAGGCCCGCGUGCUCCACGCGAUGUUUUUCGACUUUUUCAACUACUCCCAAGACGUCCCCGUGCUGCAUUUGGAGCCUGCGAUGAUGCUACUCCUGAAAUCGACCAAAAAUCGAAACCAUGCCAUGGUCCAAGACAUCGUGACCUUUCUCGUCACCCGCAUGGAGCAGUCGCCAGACGUCGCGGCCAAGGUGUCUGCCGCCAUCUCGGCGCUCAUCAAGGUCGGGAUGAUGCGGAAUCUCGUACCGCUCGUCGACUACCUCCACGAGUUCAACCCGACCCUUGGCAAGCAGUGCCAAGACUUGUUGCCGGCGCACUUUAACGCACGGCCACCAGGAAAUACCGCGCAUUCAAACGUGACGGCAUCGCCAAACCACUCGAACUCGCCGCUGCACAACGCGUCACUGCCCCCGCGUACGCACGCGUCGCCGCACUCGUCGCCGCAGCACUCGCACUUGACGUAUCCACGACCGACGUCGUCGCCGCAGCGGCCAAACGUGUCGCCCAAGUUUCCAUCUCCGUCGUCUUCCCCGACAACUUCGCCGAACCAGCGGCGGGCUCCCACGUCGUCGCCGUCCGACGACGGCGAUGCCGGAGCCAACUGGACCGAGCAAUCGUUCCUGGACGAUCGAAAAGCUGGUCAGCUGUCGCCCCAUCGGCCCGUGGAGGUACCAAUUGCUGCGACACCCACGACCGUCCUGGUCAUCCCCGAGUCGUUGCAAGCAUUUCAAGACGUCGUGGUUGCGCUGCAGCUAGUUCAAAGCGAUGUGGAAAAGAUGAUUCCAGCGUUGGCCCACGUCUUGUCCAUGUGGAGCCACUUGCCCAAUGCCGUGGCCAUCAGCGCCGACCUCGGUGGCCUCGUCUACAAAUGCUUGGAGCGGUCGUUUCUCACGUCGACGACUAUGCCGCAGUUUGUGCUCGAUCAGUGUUUGCAACGGCCGCCGCAGCUGUAUCUGCCCCUCUUGCACGGCAUGUACAAGCAAGACUCGGUGCUGUCGUCCCGCCUCCUCGCCCACUGCUGCAUCCACGACAACUUGGCGCCGUACGUGUCGUUUUGCGAAGUCCUCGGCCAAAGCGACAUCGCGCAUGCCAUUCUCCAAGACGUUGGGUUGUGCGCGCACUUGGACGAAGCGUGUGCGCUCGCGUGCUCGCUCUUGCAGGUGCCGUAUGCAGGAAAUGUCGCGGUUGAAACCACAUGCCUUCGCGUCGUACCAUAUCUGUUUCAACAUGCCCCUGCAGCGUACAUGCCGCGCGUCGACGCCCUCGUUCGCGCGCUUGUGUCGGUCGCGACGCCGACGAUGCUCGCCAAGCUCAGCAUGCGCUUGCUUCUCAAGGACUUUUCCAUGUUUCGCGACCACCAAAUCACAAACGUGCUCGUGAGCUCGCUCCAGUGGAACUCGUGGGAGCAGUGGGGCGUAUGGGAGCUCGUCGCGUCCGAGUGGGAGGCCAAGAAGAAAGACAAAGCAACUGUGGCCGCGCUGCGAAAAGUGCUCGCGUGCGUCGACCCGCACACGCACGGCGAAGCUCUCAGUGGCAUCUUGCGGCUGUUGGUGCAAGUCACGCCCGACAUGGCGUUGUUUCAUUGCGUGAUCAAGCUGUCGGAUGCAUUCGAUCCGUUUCCAUGCAGUGUGCUAUCGAUCUGGUCAGACAAGGCGCUCGCGACCGUGCAGUCGUUUCUAGUCGUGGUAUUGCGGGAAAACCAGGGCAAAGAUGCGCUCGACGUGUGUCGGCAACUCAACAAGGUGCCGUCGACAAACGCAUUGCUCCAAGACUCGGACAUUCGAGCGGCGCUGCUCUCGUUGCUCGGAAACGAUCCCACGACGGGCGAGUCGUUUCCCGUGCUGUUUGGACAACUCGCGUCGGCAGCGGACACGACCACCGCCACGUCAUCGCACGGCGCCCCCGUCGCCAAGAAGCCUCGCCUUGACCCGCCACCAUCGCUUUAACUUCGAUGACAUCGUCUGCAAUAUCUCCUAGUGCCGUGACCGA